AUGAAGGUCACCGUCUUCCUCAUCUUGGCAGCUCUCACCGCCACGGAGUCUGUAACAGCAGCUCCACUAAGUGCAGGAGAGACCAACAGUACCAGCCCAAGGUUCUACAAUGGUUCAUGUACCCCAGAAACCAUAACUAUCCGAAGAGAGUGGCGUACACUAAGUGCCGAGGAGAAGGCGGCUUAUAUUCAGGCACAACAGUGUCUGAUCAAGCUUCCUGCCCAGUCAGGCCUGCAGGCAGUCACCUCCCGCUUCAGCGACCUUCAAGGAUCUCACAGGUCCUAUACUGAUACCAUCUACGGCGACAUUAUCCACUAUGUCGGUCAAUUCCUCCCAUGGCAUCGCAUGAUGAUGCACGCAUUUGAGACUCUGAUGCGUAACGAGUGCAACUACACGGGUACCAUGCCAUGGUGGGAUGAGCAAGCCGAUGCUGACUCCGGCAACUUCUUCCGCUCCAAUAUGUGGGAUGCCGACACUGGUUUUGGUGGUAAUGGCACCGAACCUGAUGGUUGCUUGACCGAGGGCCCGUUCGCCAACACCACCGAAUACAUCGGCCCCAUGCUUGAGUACACGACAUACUGCCAAAAGCGUAUCUGGGACAAUGAAUACGGAAUCACCACCGGCAACAGCACCCUCAUCAACCUCUGCAACAGCUACGAGACGUACGAAGACUUUUGGUAUUGUAUUGCUUACUGGCCUCAUCAUGGAGCCCACACGGCGACAGGAGGUCUCAUGGCCGACAAAGAUGCCUCGCCGGGCGACCCGGUCUUCUACCUCCACCACAACUACAUCGACCGUCUCUGGUGGAAGUGGCAAGCUGCAGACAACGAGACGCGGCUAUGGGACAUGAGCGGUAACACCGUCAAUGAGACUCUCUACCCCCAACAAGCCGGCGUGAAAGCCUCGCUCAACACGACGAUCCAGCAGCAGAACAUCAUUCCCGAUAUUCAAAUUCGGGAGGUCAUGAAUGCUCAAGGCGGAUACCUUUGCUACGAUUACGACUACUAA